AUGCGUGUCACGUUCCGGCUGGGGCUGCGUGUGCUUCACACUGCGAAACUCUUCGACGCUGCUUUGGUAAAGACGAACGACUUCGCUCGCUGGUCUGUCGCCGUUUCAAAGUCAGACUUUCCGAUAACAUCGGCCGAGGAUACUCCGAGGAGGUUUAGGGACGAUACACCCGCUCCGCGUCUUUACACCGAGACUAAUAUCGACGAGAUACUUGUGGCUUCCGGGACAAUAUCCCUCUUCUCGUCCCGUACCCCAGUUAUCUCUGGGGCAAGUGGCAAGAUUUUGGAAGCUUUACAUCUGACCCAGCUACUUCGAAGUUGUGUCAAAGAUAUGCUCACUCUCCCAUUGAAUAUCACAAAAGUCUCACACUCAGUGGCCAGUAUCCUAUCCGACACGAACAAUACCCACAGAGUCCUCCGGCCUAUCGGCUCCAGCCUUGGUUCCAGCAUCUUGUCGUCUUUGGAGCCAUCAGUUUCUCGAGGUUGCAGCAUGGAUUCUCCCAUCGCCAAUUCCACAUCGUUUCUGUUUCAAACAGUAGAGCAGCCACUUCGAUUCAGCUCAGGCCGGCCACAUAACUCCAAGAUUGCAAUUGUGGCAAUGUCUGGAAGAUUUCCCGAUGCAGCUAACCUCGACGAGUUCUGGGAUGUGCUCUAUCAGGGCCGUGACGUCCAUCGAAAAAUUCUCGAAGAUCGCUUCGAUGCCAACUCCUUCCACAUCUCCCUCAAGGAGACAAAACAGUUGGCAUACACGAACUACUCUGCCGAAACUAUUUCCAUCACAAGACCUCACUUGAACCCCAAGAAUACAUCUUCUCUCAGCUCCUCCAAGAGGAGCACGCAAGCCGGUUACGCGACCGAGAUGUCGUCUGUCUUGAAGACUCUCGCUCCCACGAGUGGUCGUGGCGGUCGCUCUCCUCACCAGAGCCUGAAUCUUGGACCAGCUAAGGCCAAUGUUGGACACGCCGAGUCUGCACCUGGAGUGAUGGCGUUGAUCAAGACGUUGCUCAUGUUGCAGAACAAUACAAUUCCGCCCCACUGCGGCAUCAAGACAAAAAUCAACCACAAUUUCCCAACAGAUCUUGCGGAACGAAACGUCCACAUUUCGAGGGCUGCCGCGCCUUGGAACCGUCCGACUCGGGGAAGUGCAAAGCUGUGGAAAUCAUUUGGUAUCGAGCCAAAUUUCGUUUUCGGGCAUAGUCUCGAACAAUAUGCCGCACUUAAUGUUGCUGGUGUUCUCUCAGCCAGCGAUACCAUCUACCUUAUGGGCACGAAGGCGCAACUGCUUCUUGACAAGUGCGAGGCAGGCUGCCACACAAUGCUCGCGGUUCGGGUAUCAGUCUUGCAGAUUCGACAGUUUUUGAACGCAAACAUUCACGAGGUCGCCUGCAUCAAUGGGCCACGGGAGGUCGUCAUCAGUGGUAAGGUCGCCGAUAUCAAUCAGCUGGCCGAGCACCUUGCAGCGGACAACAUCAAGGCAACUCGCGUUCAGGUUCCUUUUGCUUUCCACUCUGCCCAGGUGGAUCUUAUUCUCCCCGACCUCGAUGUGGCGGCCUCCCGAGUGACUGUCCACUCUCCGCAGGUCCCUGUGCUCUGCGCCCUUGAGGCUUCGAUCAUUCACCCUGGAGAUCAUGGUUCCAUCGGUCCACUCCAUAUGCAGCGCCACUGCCGCAAGACGGUCAACUUCGAAGGGGCUUUGAAGACUGCAGAGCGCGAGAGCUUGAUUAGCACCAGUGGGGACACUCUGUGGAUUGAAAUCGGUCCUCACACCGCCUGUUCGGCAUUCUAGAAGGCAAGCCUGGGGCAAAACACUCUGGCCAUCCCCUCUCUCCGCCGUGCCUUCCUACAGCUUGGACCACAAAGCCUACUAAUUUCAAUAUGUACAUGAUUGGUCG